AUGCAAUUUUUAGUCCUGGCGCUGCAGUACGGAAGCUCCCUCCCCUCCUCCCGCAACUCCAGCGCCGAGGAAGCCGAGCCGGAGGCAGCGCUGAGCCGGAUAUGCAGCGACUCCCUGCAUCCCUCCUUGUGAGUAUCCCUCGCUCCUCCGGAUGCCUUCGGAGGAGACGGAUGGACGGCCACCACGGAGAGGACACAGGACCCCCCCUUGGGCCCACCGUGCCCCUUCGAGGGGGUGGCCUGGACCCCGAGAGCCCCGCAGGGUCCCCCGCAGGGCUGCUUCACCUGCCUCGCCAAGCCCCCAGCCCUCGGGCAAGCCUCGCCCGUCCUGUCCCCUUCCUCCGCCGUCUAUCUCAUGGAGAGCAAGAGCUGCAAAGGGGACAGCCUGCAGCCAGCCGUCCCGUGCAAGCACUCCGUGGAGAAGAAGACCAUGACCAACCCCACCACGGUCAUAGAAAUCUACCCCGACACCACCGAGGUGAAUGACUACUACCUCUGGUCCAUUUUCAACUUCGUAUACCUCAACUUCUGCUGCCUGGGCUUCAUCGCCUUGGCCUAUUCCCUGAAAGUCCGGGAUAAGAAACUCCUCAAUGACUUAAAUGGAGCAGUUGAAGAUGCCAAGACAGCCCGACUUUUUAACAUCACCAGCUCAGCCCUUGCCACCUUCUGUAUCAUCCUUAUCUUCAUCUUCCUGCGAUACCCCCUCACUGACUACUAGAGUGAGGCCAACAGCAGUGGCCGCUGCCAAAAUGCCUCUAUGCCAGAAGUGUCUGCAGUUGUUUCUUGUAGCAAGGACUCAAAAACACCCAACGCUCCACCUUGAUUGCAAAAAAAACCCCAAACAAACA